AUGUCACAAAAGGAUUCAUCAUCAGAGGCCAGUUGGCAGUCCGUGGCAAAGCGGAAGAAGGAAGAACAAGCUCAACGGAUACCGAAUGAGUGGAAGUUGAAUAGCUUCCCAGGAGCCCAUGUCAAGAGCUACACUGACAUACCACGCAAGUCUGGACUUUUGACGAAGAAAGAGUUGGACAUCACCGAACGUUAUGAUGCCGUGGCGCUGGCUGAAGCCAUCAAGACAAACAAACUAACGUGCAUCGAUGUAACGAGAGCCUUCUGUAAAAGAGCGGCAAUCGCCCACCAACUCACCAACUGCCUUACGGAGAUUUUCUUUGACGACGCGUUGAAGAGAGCUUCAGAGCUUGACGCCCAUCUGGCUUCGGGAAAAGCACCCCUUGGACCUCUCCAUGGCGUGCCUGUCUCACUGAAGGACACUUUUAGGUUGCGUGGCUACGAUGCUUCAAUUGGUCUUGCGGCCCUCUGUUUUAAGCCAGCAGAAGAAAACUCGGUUCUAGUUGAUUGCUUACUGAGCGCUGGAGCAGUCUUGUAUUGCAAGACCAACAUACCCCAAACGCUCAUGGCUCUGGAUUCCCACAACAACAUCUUUGGACGCACUACAAACCCACUCAAUACCGCUGUGACCGCUGGUGGAAGUUCAGGUGGAGAGGGAGCAUUGAUCGCAAUGCGCGGCUCAGUGCUAGGCGUGGGCACAGACGUCGGCGGCAGUAUCAGGAUACCUGCCAUGUGCGAUGGAACGUUUGGUAUCAAGCCAAGCUGGGAACGCAUACCAUACGCUGGGCAAGAGGGCGGUAUGCUACCUGGAGCGACAAAAGUUGGUAUUCCAGCCAGUGCAGGACCGCUCGCCCACACUAUGCGCGACAUUGAACUCUUCUUCUCCGCGGUAUCAACUCAACAACCAUGGGACAUGGACCCGGAUGUUGUACCGUCACCAUGGUCUUCCCUGUCAACAACACGAAGGAAGCUAAGAAUUGGUAUCGUCAGAAGAGAUGGGGUCAUUGAACCACAUCCUCCAAUCCUAAACAUCCUAGACGAAGUCAAAGAUAAGUUGCAGAAAUCUGAGAUUGAGGUCGUUGAAAUGGACAUCACAUCACUUUUCUCCCAAUGUCAAUCCCUCGCCAAUGCACUUUUCGGUGUUGAGGGUGGAAACGCCAUGUUCGAUAUUCUAGAAUCCUUCAACGAACCCCUUUCGCCAUGGCUCUCUACGAGGCUGAAGCGUAAGAAGCCCAUGGAUCUCCCAAAGGUGCAGCAACUGCACGGAAAGCGUGAACAACUACGAAAAGAGUUCUUGCAGAUCUGGAAAGAUAAGCAUGGCGAAAUCGAUGCCUUUAUCUGUCCUGUUGCGCCUCAUCCUGUGCCGCCCAUUGACCGGUACAACGGCGUGAGCUAUACAAGUUCGUUCGUGCUGUUAGAUUACCCAGCGGGUGUUGUGCCAGUCAGAUCCUUUGAGAAGGCGGAUAUGGAGGGGGAGAUGACGAGCACGAAGCCGAUUGGGAGUUGGGAUAAAGCGAAUAGGGAACUUUGGGCGGACUUCGAUCGCUCGGUUUACCUAGGAACACCGCUUUGCGUACAGGUUGUUGCACCAAGGUUGCGAGAGGAGAAACUUGUACAAGCUAUGUUCACUAUCGACGAGGCGCUGAAGGGCUCAACCCGAUCGAACGCGAAACUGUAG